GGGAGACGGGACGGAGUGUGGGAGGAGCGGGAGAGCGGGGCCGGAUCCCAAAGAAAGGGCAGGAAGAGCGGUGGGAGAAAUAGGGCAAAAGUUGGAGGGGGAAGGGGGGAGGAUGGGGAAAGGGUUUGGGGAGCCCCGAAGUGGAAGAAUUGUUUUUCUUUUAUACUUUUCUUUUCCUGAAACACGGGAGAAAGUCCCGAAGUGUUGGAAGGAGACGGCGGAGCUGAGAGCAUCGGGCUGAGAGCGAGUAUGCCAAGGCAGUAGGGAUGGUGCCAACCGGACCCACGUGCUGCCAACCGGACCCAUCCUCAGGAGCUGUCCCUGGUCCUCCGGUUGCACUGCUGGAGGUGGUGACCUUACAUGGGAUACCCCCAUAAUGCUUCCAACAUCCUGCGACUGCAGCGUUAAUUCCAAAGGGGAGCCAAAUGCAGGUGUUGCUGAUGAAUGUCUUUUAGAUGAGUCUGGAUGGUGCUGCGUGCAAAGCCACGAAGACAUCGCCGUUUUGAGGAUGUGGGUUUCUUUGUUCUUCAUCAUGACAAACAGAGCUUUCUUCCUUACUGUCACUGUUCGGCGUCGUAAGCUAAAUCCUCUUUCAUCUUCUGCAACAAGGAUGCUGCGGUGGUGCUCUGGGAGAGGCAGCGAUUCACUCUGCUCCAGGAUUUAGCUCUGCCCCUCAGUUGAGCCAGAGAUGCUGCGGAGAGGUUGCCAGGGAUGCAGACGCAAUCCUACCUCCAGGUUUUUGCUGCAUCCCCGCUGCUGAGCGAGAUAUGGAUCAUACCCAGGAUUAUCGCCCAUCCGAGUGGAAGGAAGGGAUGCUGAGAUGUCGGGUUGCAGGGGAGAUGGAUCUGGGCGCCGGGUUUUUGUGCCGUCUCGGUGCCGUGGGGUGGGAGUGGGGUCUGGAGACCCCCCCAGUGAUGCGGGGGUGCGGGAUUUUUCAGUUCUGGUGCCGAUGCUGUGCUCAUGGUGAGGUCUCUGUGGCGCAAUGGACGAGCGCGCUGGACUUCUAAUCCAGAGGUUCCGGGUUCGAGUCCCGGCAGAGAUGAUCUCCAGGCAGGUGUCUCUUUUAUUUUAUGUGUAUUCCUCCAUAAAUCCCAAUCCGACGCCUUUAUAGCACCCCGGAAGGUUUGAGGUGGGAGAUGAUGACUUUUCACGGCAUCGUCUCCGCUGCUGAUGCUCACAGUGGUUGUGUGCUCCCCAUCCAAGGUGUGUUUCUUCCAUCACAUUCCCCUUCCCUCCUUCCUUUUGGUAGCUCCUGGAUGCUUUGAUCUUUUAACCCUAUUUGUUCCCCCAGUACUGCUUGUUAAAGCUCUGAAUGCUUUAAGAAAACUGCUGUGUUUCCAGUAGAAAUCGGGUGGUCAGGCACUGGUUUGGAACCUUGUGUUGGUAUUUCCUUUGAUAAGCAUGGCUUGUCUUUCAAACGUAUGGACAAAGAAAAAACAACAGUAGGUCUAUAAUCUGCGUUCUUAUCUUAUAGAAACCCUUUGCAAAUGCUCUCGUUUUUCAUGUUUGCAUGUUGAUGAUGCAUGUUUGCUGGCAGCCACCUCUGUAUCCCCAUGGAGGUUCAUCUUCGUAAGUAGUAAACAUUGACGAAAGAUGAAGAUCAUGACCCUACAGUAGAACUUCUUCCCACUCUGUGACCUUCGAAGACUUCUCUCCACUUGAAAAGUGGGUUUCUUUCCAUGGGUGUUAGCAUAGAGUAACACAGAAGGCUAAAAAAAGUCCAAAGAAAUAAUGUGCAUGACCUGAGAAUCGAUGUCCUGCCGCUGUCAGGGGUUGGAUGUAGAUGGAGCCCAAAACAGUGGGGAAGGAAGGCAGCAAAAGCGUUAUGUAGGGAGAUUCCAUUGUGAUCCCAUUCCUCUGGAUGGAGGGAGAGAAAAGAAAGACAACAAAUGCCAACAGCAACCCAUGAGGGAUGGAGUCUCCCUAGAACACAGGGGCAUCUCAGUGGGGUUGCAGGAGGCUGUGGCUUUGAGGGACAUCUGCUAUAAAGGGGAAAAAAAGGCGUCCUCAGGCAUGGUCAUUAGGGCAGCACAGAGAUUUCCGGUUAGUCUUUAUGAAAUAUUAGUGAACCAAACCCAUUUCCUUCCUUUGUUCUCAGAAGAGCAUCUCCACACGGGGACAUCACCUCUGUGUGGGGGCAAUCUAGAGCUAGACAGGUGGUUCGGGAUGGCGGUGAGCAGAGCCCUGCUCCUCCUGGGUGAGUGCAGCCAUAGGGCGAGCAGGAGCCCCAGAAAGCCCCACUGAUCUUCAGGGAGAUGGAGGGAUGGCCAUUGAGGUCUAUGGGGCACUUGCUCCUUGUGCUGCUUUGGGAUAUGCCUGGAGAGGGGUUAGAUCUGCUUGGGGAAGGAGACAUGUUCGCUUAUCCUGUGUGGUUGAGGGGAUUGGGAUGGAGCAGCGGUCGCCCCAUCACAAUACAGGCACAAGGCUUCCUCUGUAGGAUGGUCGCAGGCAAUGCUGGACAGGAAAGAAAUUGGGGUCCAGCAAGGCUGGCAGGCAUGAGCACGGUGAGGGUGGGGAUGCUGUGCCAUGGGGUGGUUGGAGGUGCUAGGAGGUGUUUGGGAACAUGGCAGACCAUCACCAAGUCCCACCGCCCCAACGAUGGCUCACCUCCAAGGGCAGGGAGCUGCAGAAGACCUGGGAGUGUUGGCUGGAGCUUCUCACCUCAUCUUUUCCUCCUCCUUGCAGCUCAAGCCCUCAGCCUUGCUGUUGCAGAGAUGGCCCUGCUGACCAUGGACCCCCCCUGGAGUGUGAUAUUCCAGGGGGAAAGCGUCACCCUGCGGUGCCAGGGACCCCCUGUGCACAAGCAGCAGCCCACAGCCUGGUACCACAAUGGCAAACUCCUGGAGCACACAGAAACCAACACGUACAGGAUCCAGAAUGCCAGGUAUAAACAGAAUGGCAGAUAUGAGUGCCAGAGCCCCGGCUCCACGUCCAGCAACUCCGUCACCCUGAGCGUCUCCUAUGACCUGCUGAUCCUCCAGGUCCCAUCGCAUGCAGUGUUUGAAGGGGAGCUGCUGCAGAUGCAGUGCCGGGGAUGGAAGGUGGGCAGUUUGGCUGCGGUGCGGUUCUACAGGGAUGGAGCCGACAUCACCAAACCCUACACCUCAGCCAUGCAGCUCUCCAUCCCCCAAGCCAAGGCCCACCACAGCGGCAGAUAUCACUGCAGUGCAGACAUGCACUCCUACUUGUCAUUAAAGAGGAGGGAAUCUCAGGGUUUAUAUAUUUCCAUCAAAGAGCUCUUCACCUCCCCAGUGCUGAGCGUAGCAAGCUCAGCAGAGCCCCUCGAAGGAAGUCCCCUCAACCUGAGCUGCAUCACACAGCUCAGCCCCUACAGACCCCACACUGUCCUCUGGUACCUCUUCUAUGGAAACAGCACAGUCCUUCAAGGUCCCGUGACCUCCUCUGAGUACCAGGUGCCAGCAGUGGGGCUGAUGGACACAGGCUUCUACUCCUGUGCGGUGCGGACGGAGAGCUCCAAUGUCCAGAAAUGGAGUCCUCGGGUGCCCAUCACCAUCAAACGAGUCCCCAUCUCGGGGGUGUCCCUGGAGGUUUGGCCCCAGGAGGGACAGGUGAUGGAAGGACAUCGCCUGGUGCUGCACUGCUCCGUGGCCACGGGCACCGGCUCCAUCUCCUUCUCCUGGCACCGAGAGGGCUCUGCAGAAGUCCUGGGGAGGGACAGCCGCUACGAGAUCCCAUCGACCCAACAGAGUGACAACGGGCAGUAUUACUGCAUGGCUUCUAAUGGGGACAGCCCAGCCCGGAGCCUGAAGGUGCAGGUCACUGUAGUGGGUGUCUCUUCACCCUUCUGCAGCCGUGUCAGAGCACUGCUGCUGCUGGCAGCGCUGGGGACCCUAUUGCUGGAGGUGAUGGUUGUCCACGUCCUCACUGCAGGGAGCAGAGCGCCAAAAGGAACAAAGCAGCAAACACUCAUGGAGCCAUUUGCACCAGGAGGGGAUGUUUGAGGAGCGCCGUAAACCCACUGCCAGCCCUACAAAGGCACCCCGGAAGUGAGCAGGAUGAGCACCCCCAUAUCCCACCCUCACUCUCACCUGUCCACGUUGUCAGAGAAGGAGUUUCCUACUGCUUUUAUUCCAUAUAUUGCCCAAUAAAGCAUUGUAGAGCA